GCUGCUUCUAUUCUGGGAAGCGUCGCUCGGAAUAACCCCCCGUGUGAGUGCGUGUGCGUGUGCGUGUGCGUGCGUGUGUGUGUGUGCGUGUCUCCGGAUCUCACCCUCACACACACACACGCUCACAUUCGCUGUGCUGCCGACUGCAGCGGAGGAGCUCCGGCACCAGAAAUCCGGUCGGAAAGGAUUCCUUCCAUUUUUACGCGCAACUUUUCCCUCCGUCUCGCUCGCAACUCUUUCGUGGAUUCCCAGCCGCCGUCCUCUGGAUCCGGACCGGCGACCCGAGCGGUGUCAAACUCUCCUGGAACCGGAUCGGAUCUCCUGUCAUCGGGGAAGCUUGUUGUCAUUCGGCGGACGGCAGGUGCUAGCAACCACUUUGUGGGUUUACUGGGCUGGACCACAGGACCACCACCAGGGUGGCUCCUCGUGCACCACGGUCUCUGGAGCCAAACUGAGCAUGUGCAGACCAGCAGGUGUCAGUGAGCGUUGAAGCCGCAGACGAUCUUCAAGCACUUUGAAGAAGUUGCCUUCAAAUAAACGGCACAGAAAAAAGACCAAGAAUCCGACAUCAUGGGAGAAGGAGACAUCUGAUGUGAUCUCAUCCUGGUUUCCACUUGGCUCUCCAAGCAAACUCUUUCAGCGAUGGCAGCCGUCAGAUGUUGGGUUACCAUGGUUGAGGGUUUUGGGACUCUGUAAGCCUCCAGGAGUCCUCCUCCCGUCUCCUCUGCUGCCUCUUCACGCUUCUCCCAGAUGGAAGCUCGCGAGUCGGCUGCUGGCGGGCAGAAAUGCCCGAGAAAGGACGUGGUCAAGGAGAAGACCCCUCUGCAAAGGAAGUGGGCGUCUGAACCGUCUGCGACCGCCAAACAAAGCACUUUUUCUGAUCCGGGGCCGCAGCAUCGCGAGAGUUUGCCGUGCGGCGCCCACACAGGAUCGGAUCCCCAACACAAGUACGCAAUCACAGGGAAUUCCGGGAAAGCGCUAUGUGGAUCCUCUGCCAUUGGGGCAGUAGGGGGCCCACCAUCUCAAGACCCCCAGGGGCCCUUAGCACAGGGCUUUCCAGGCGGGUACUCCUACCAGCUGGGCCAGCAGUACCCCCAGCAUCCUCAGACCGAGCGCCUUCUCUCUGGAGCCAAACCCCAACCAGGACUAGAGCCGCACGCCUGGCCCUUUGUGGGCCAGUUGCCUUCCGAUGAUUUGUACCCUGUAGGACACCCGGGGCACACUCACUCCCAUGCCGGGACGGGGUCAGGGAGGUUCCCCCGGCAAAAAUCUCCCAGUUUACCGAGCUCCUUUGGACCCUACUCCCAGUCGGGACCUGAGCCAGGGGAGGAGGGGUAUGGCAAAAAAGAGCAGAAAGUCAAAAAGCCCGGAAAGUACAUUUGUUACUACUGCGGCCGCGCCUGCGCCAAGCCCAGCGUCCUGAAGAAGCACAUCCGCUCCCACACGGGCGAGAGGCCGUAUCCUUGCGUGCCGUGUGGCUUUUCUUUCAAAACCAAGAGUAACCUUUACAAGCACCGCAAGUCCCACGCUCACGCCAUCAAGGCCGGACUCGUACCCUUUUCGGACCUGGCUGUGUCCCGCAGCGGAGACAUGAACCAGGCGUCUCCGGCAGGGGAGGCCGAGGUCCACUCCGACGGAGAGCAGAGCACCGACACGGACGAGGAAGUUGUGGAAGGAUCCACCAUGCUGAUGGACAAAGAUGGAUCCGUUCCACAGAUCUCCUUUGAAGUUGACAAGACUACAGGUGGUGCAGAGCCAGCAUAUGCAGACUCAGCCGAAGAUCAGUUUGUGGGCUCCAUUAAAGUGCCUAUCCUUAUUGUCCCCAAGUCCGGAGGCGUCCCGUCCACGGGGAUGGAAUGCCCACCGUUCCAGGACGUAAAACUUUCCCACCACAUGAUGACAUCCCUGGCUGGGAGAAGAGGACGUUCUCUGGACGAUUCCCCCUCAAUCAAAGCGAAUUUGGCCCUGAGACUGCAUGACAGGAAAGGCCAGGAUUCAGAUCCGACCGGGUCUCAGUCGUUGAACCUGCUCAGUCCUCACAGCAAAGGCAGCACAGACUCGGGCUACUUUUCUCGAUCUGAGAGCGCCGAGCAGCAGAUCAGCCCCCCAAAUGCAAACGUUAAAACAUACGAGGAGAUUAUGUUUGGUCGGACCUGGUACUACCGACCCAACUCCAGAUCGAGGCAGUCUAUCACGGUGGCGAUGGCGGGGGCGGACCCUAGUAGCCUAGCGAGCCUAAAACAAUCAGGUGUAGUCCUGGACAUGGGAAAGAUCUCUGAGGAUCAAAUCUGCUUCAGGGGGGACGUCGGAAUGUCUGGGGAGCCUAAACAGUAUCCGACGGUACCCAGUCAGAGCAGUACGGGACUUCUGGAGCCGCCGUCAGAUUCCGGGCACCUGAUCAGAAGCAACUCCAUGCCGACGUCUUCUCCACCGAACCUCAGCCUUCCUCCAGGGAUACGAGGCAGCCAUUCCUUUGACGAGAUGAUGACAUCGGAUGACGUGUUUUACCCGCCUGGACUGCGUCGGCUCCGGAGACAGGCAGCCAUAGAACUUUCAGCCCACGAAGCCCACACAGGAGACGCCGAGGGCUACGGACACAUGCCCAAGAAUUUACCCAAAUCCCUGGCUAAGAAGCUGAACGAGCGCGGUCCCGGAGUCGCAGAGCAUGUGGUCUACAGCUCAUACGGAACUAAAGUUAGCUUGUCAGAAAUAGCCACCAGAAAGAGGAGGAAAGAGAAGAGUGUCGGGGAUGAAGAAGACAGUCCCGGUCACUGUGACAGCAGCUGCAGCGGAUCUGUCGAGAUGACGGGAGACUACGGGAGUUUUGACGGCUCCAGAGCCACCCCGACCGGGAAAGGCUCUCUUCAUAGCGCUCACAGCCAAUCAGACAGCUUCGAUACCUGCGCUAGCAUGUGCUCUGAGGACAUGGCUUUGUUUAGCGACGCCGAAUGCAGGAAGGCGGCCGGGAACGUCAUAUCAGUCAUCCAGCACACCAACUCCCUCAGCCGGCCGAAUUCUUUCGAGAAGUCAGAAUCCUUUGAGCAGCCGGGAUAUCAUCCCUCAGCCCCGUCCAGCCAGUACUCCGAACAGUCUGACUCGGACAUUUUUGAAGAUGCUUUGAGUCCGGAAUCGGCCCUGCUGAGGACCGAGAGCAUGGAUCAGCAGCCGCAGAGCGACAGUGACCUGGCCUCGGUCUCGUCUUCCUCAGCAGCAGCUUCACCCGGGCAGCCUUAUCACAUCCCCCACAAACUAGUCCGCCAACCUAACAUCCAAGUUCCUGAGAUCAGGGUCACGGAUGAGAAAGACGCAGAAGCUCCGAUGGCGAAGGAGGUGGAAAAGCAUCAGCCGCACGUGGAGGAAUUCCAGCUGCCGCAGAGGAGUGACACCCUGUCGCAGAUGCCCUCGGAGAAGCUCCCGCCCAAGAAGAAGAGGCUGCGCCUUGCGGACAUGGAGCACUCGUCUGGGGAAUCCAGCUUUGAGUCCACUUGCACCAGCCUGUCUCGCAGCCCAAGUCAGGAGAGCAAUCUGUCCCACUCGUCUUCAUUUUCUAUGUCCUUCGACAGAGACGAAGGCCUUAAGUCGGUGUCACCCACCAAACAGACCCAGGAGGACUCCGCCGCGGGUGGAGGAGGCAAAGCAUCCGAGUUCCUGACGGUGCCCGGCAGUGGUCAUUCCAGCCACCAGCAGCAGAGGGAGAUGAGGAGGUCCUCGUCGGAACAGACGCCAUACUCACUUCCGUCUGACUUGCCGGAAAUGCGUAGCAAGUCCUUCGAUUAUGGAAGCUUGUCGUCUUCCAGACAGGGAGAGCUCUACGCCAGCGGUUCCGCCAUGAAGGAGCGCCGUCGUGGGUGUCUUGUCCGCCAGGCUUCACUGAGUGUGUACGCCGAGGCAGCCGCCCAGGAACCAGGAGGGUCUGAGCUGUCAAUCAAACAAGAGAGCGUGGAGCACGGGGUGUGGCCUGGCCCGACGGGACCGUCACAUAGCAUUAGCGAUAUAGCCGGCAGAACCAAGAGACUCGGCAACACUGUUGGUGUCGUAGGAGCUCACCAGCAGCACGUUCUCCAGCAGAGCAUCAGUGAGGACAGCCUGCAGGACGAGCCUCACUAUGCCAGGUCACAGCAAUAUCGCCUCCAGGCUCAGGGCUCAUCAUCUGAAGGAGAACAUCUAGUUCACGAGGUCAUGAACAAGGAAGUAGUCCAGCAGCAGGUCCUGUCCUGCCAACAGUCCGCUCUGUUCUGGAGUCAAGAGACCAGUCAGACAUCCAGACAGCAGCUGACCCUCCAGGCCCAGCAGCAACUCCAGAAACUCCACAUCCGAUCACCGAGCAGCCUACCCGGACCCACGACACACCACAGACCACAUGACGGACAACCAGAACCUUCUUCAAUAUUUCAUCACCAAAACCUGGCCUCUCUCUCGUGCAAGCACUCCCUGCCCACCUCCAACACUACCCCCAUGCCACUACAGCAGAUCCAGCCCAUCUUCGCCACCCAGAACCCGGGCCCCCACGCCUCCCAGCCUGGUCUGCUGGUUCCUGUGCGGAUCCAAACCCACGUGCCAUCUUUUGGUAGUGUGAUGUAUACCAGCGUUAGCCAGCUCAUAGCACACGAUCAGAGGCUCAGCUUAGUUGGACGGAGCAACAUCAGUGACAUGUCCCCUCAAGGUGGCGCUGUGGGCGCCGGUCAGUCGCCUGAAGGUCUGGGACGAGGUCCAAGCAGAGCAGGUUUCAAUCUAUCACACUUCCUAGGUCAGACAGAUGGAACGGUGCUGCGCUCCCCACACUGGAAGUCUCCAGAUUCCGGUCCCAAUACGGGAAUUCCUCUGUCGCUAACAUCAGGUACCAUAACCACCACUGAGGCCUCGGGGUCCGGCAUGGGGGGCAGCAAGAGGAUGCUGUCUCCUGCCAGCUCUUUGGAGCUCUUCUUCGAGACCAAGCAGCAGAAAAGGGUGAAAGAGGAGAGAAUGUUUGGGCAGAUGCUGAAGGAGAUGAGCGCUGUUGAGCUGAGUGGAACCGACGGCAGCAGCAAGUCCGAGCAGAGGCAGACUGGAGACGACUGUGAGAGGAUGUCUUCUUCUCCGCCGCUGGGUGACUUCCCUGCUCCCAACAAGAUCGCCAUUCCUGUCCGUUCUUCUGCACCCCACCAGCCUGACGUACCCCGCCCAGAGAGCUUCACGCCUCCUCUCCAGAUUGUCACCGACUCUUCUCCUGCUUCAUACUGCCCAAACUCCCCUGAAGAGCUUGACAUGGACCAGUCCCACCUCAGCCCCCAGUCCAUGAUCUCCUCCAACGACGCCGAAGUCGCUGACGCCUCCAAGCCGCCCGCAGCCAGUCAAGUCCCAACAAGCGUGCUGCUUCAGUUGGCAGUCAGCCAAAAUCCAGGACCGCCGAGAGCGGCGGGACAGACUCUGCUGCUGGCCGACGUGACCGAUGUCCAGCAGUUCUUACAGUUCCCGAGCCUGCGCAACCUCUGCCGGGUCAGCUGGUGCUUCCUGAACUACACCAAGCCCAACAGUCGUCAAGCUGCCUCGCAGAGCUCCAUCUACAGCUCUUGGUGUGUGAGCUCCUACAACCCCAACCCGCUCAACCUGAGGACCAAGGCUGCGCUGGCCCUGCUCAGGUCCAAACAGAAGACCGACACCAACCUCCUGUACACCACAGCCGACAUGGCGCCGCCCAGCUCGGGGAAGCUGGUGUCCUCGGUCGCCUGGAAACUGCGCUUUGAUCAGCUAAAGCCAGAGCUGAUGCCCGUCGAUGUCAGACAUUUUGGAAGGAAGAUGAAGGGCGUGGCCUCGUGGGAGCGGUCCAAGGAGGAGCAUGCGGACAAGGACGUCGCCAUCAAGCGAACUGCCACCGAACCGACACGCAUCAAAAUCUUCGAAGGCGGGUUCAAGUCCAACGAGGACUACGUUUACGUGCGCGGGCGAGGUCGAGGGAAGUACAUCUGCGAGGAAUGCGGCAUCCGCUGCAAGAAGCCCAGCAUGCUGAAGAAACACAUCAGGACACACACCGACGUGCGACCUUACGUCUGCAAGUUCUGCAACUUUGCCUUCAAGACCAAAGGAAACCUGACCAAGCACAUGAAGUCUAAAGCGCAUCUGAAGAAGUGUCUGGAGUUAGGCGUGUCCAUGUCCUCCGUGGAGGACGUGGAGACAGACGACGCAGACGUGGGUGAGGAAGGUCGGAGGUCGUCAGACAAGAUGGCGGAGCACCAGUUCUCAGACGUGGACGACUCCGAAGGCGGCGAGGACGAUGGCGAUGACGACGAAGACGAUGAGGACGAUGACUACGACGGGGACUCCACCCCCAAGACGUGCUCGCGCUCCACCAGCCCGCAGCCUUACGGCCUGCCCUCCCUGUCAAUCACAGCUGUGGCAGCGUCCCAGCCGUCGCCGCCCCUCCCGCCGCAUUCCGACCCCCUGGUCCACAAGCCGCCGCUGUUCAGCUACUUCACCACCGUGCCGAGCAUUCACAUCACGUCCCAGCGGGCAGAGCAUGGGCGGGGUCAAGAGGAGCACCAGCGAGGGAUGCUGGCCGGUAGGAUGCUGGCUCCGCCCUCCUCAUCUAUGGACGAAGACCUCCCCGUCCCCUCUCUGGAUUUCCCCUCACCGUCCUCUCAUCUGUCCUCCCCCGGGCUGGACUACCCCACCUGUCCUUCCCCCAUCUCCCCCUCCGCCUCCCCCUCACCUCGCCAGUACCUGUCGCCACAUCACGACCUCUCGCCGAUGCCAGGGAGACUGUCGCCACGGCGGGACGCCUCCCCUCUGCGCCACGUCUCCCCCAAGAGGGACGCGGUGGGAUAUCGACGGGAGCUGUCCCCCAGAAGGGGGCACCUGUCGCUGCUCUCGCCCCUCCCUUGCCCCACGUCUCCCGGUGGGAGGGACUACAAGCGUGAGCUGUCUCCACGAGGACGCCACAAGGGCAUGAUCAGACCGCAUUCUCCCCGACGGGCGCUCCAGCAGCACCUCCACCACCAAAGCCAGCAGAGUGGAGCACGAGGCCUGAGGUCGGCUCAGCUCGCCGGGCUGCUGAGUCAGACGGAGCUCGGACCUCGAGGACGCCGCCGGGUCGGCGCUGAUGUGGACACGGAGUCGCAACAGAGUGGUAACCGCGGUAACCAGUCCAGUCCGCCCCAUCAGGGAUUGUUCAGUCAUCUUCCUCUCCAUUCUCAACUCCAGGUGCGUUCGCCAUAUCCAAUGAUUCCCAUCGGAGGGAUCCAGAUGGUCCACGCCAUGCCCACGUCUGUCAGCACCCCUCUGGACCAGCAGGGGGCGCAGCAGGCCACACCCCGCCUCCCGCUCCACGAGGGAGAAACAUCAGAGGACGUCCAAAGCGGCGAGGCCACCUGCCCUCCUUUCACCUCCUCUGUUGACGGAGGAAGACGAGGAGGAGGCGAGGGGUCAUCAGGUGCGCCUUCACCCGCCUUGAUGGAGGGCGGAGUCGUGAGGGAGCGUGAGCAGGAAGCCAGCGUCCACACGUGCACCAAAGCCAUCGCCUCGCUUCGGAUCGACCCGGAGGAGCACACCGAGAGACGGCGAGGCGGCAGAGAGGAGGAUGGCGCCUCCGCGCCCUCGCCCGCCCUCCCGGGACAACAUCGGCGCACGCCGCCCACCUCCGCGUCCCCGCCCUCUACUCUGGUUCAGCACUUUAGCGGCCGCGGGCCUCCACACGCCUCAAGCCCCGCCUCCCCGCAUUGCCCCUCCCCUUCCCCUGAUGCCGGGUCAGAAAGCACAAUCAGAAGCAAAGACGUGUCAUAGACGUGUCGUAGACGUGUCGUAGACGUGUCGUAGACGUGCAACGUAACGAGCAAACACAACAUUUGCACAACACACGCGCGUGUUGUUUUAUUUAAAGACACUCAACAGGAUGUGUGUGUGUUGGGCGGGGGGGGGCAGUAAAGUGGUACUUUCAAAAUAAUAAUAUUAAUAAUCAUGUACAUGUGUGCCUUUGAUUUGUGCUUAUAUUCUUAUAAGCAGUCAAUUAGCCCCGCCCCCUCCCUCUUUUUUUCAACGGACGUGAAGUGAUGAAUAUAAAUAUUACAUACGGUUGCACUAAAUCAUAUUUUUAUAUGAGGGACAUUAGAAAAAAACACACGGCUCUUUUUGUGUACAGCAGCAAUUCAAUAAUACUAUUUAUUAUUAUUAUGUUUGAUAAACUGUACAUUUCUUUUCUUAAAUGUCGUGGAUGCCUUUUUCUAUGUCGACGCAUGUUUUUGCUAUUAGGAUGAUGAUAUGUACACACUGUCAUAUACUGUAUGUUGCUUUAUAUGUCACACUUCCGGUAUUUAGCAAAACACUUAAUAUAUACUGUAAAUAUUGUUGAUGAUAACGCUCCUCGGCAUUAAAAUGCUCAGCAUGCUUAACCCCGCCCCUCCCUGCUAGGCCCCGCCCCCAUCCAGCUACUUUUCCUCACGUCUUGUACAAAGGCAUCAAAACAUUCCAGGUCGUGUUCACGUGCCAGGAUGCCCCCAAACCCUCACCCACGCACCCCACUCCUACCCCCCCCCCCCCCCCAGCGACGUAGCAUAGCUGUCGCCACGGCAACAAAUCCGUCCACACUUUUUAUGUCUCUUAUAUAUAUAUAAAAAAAACUUUGACUUUUCACGUGUCAAACUCCAAUUCUAGCAUGUUGUGUACAAUAAAAUACUCCUUACGUUGUCCUUACAUCUACAAACUCCAUCUUUUCAUACAUACAUGGUAUAUACAUACAUACAUACUGUAUAGCUUACAUACAGUACAUAAAUACAUACAUGAUAUGUACAUGUGUUCAUACGUGGUGUAAACAUGACACGUGCACACAUACAUGAUCCAUACAUGGCAGAUGAUGUGAUUGGCUGGUUUUGUAGAAGAAGUAGCCAGUCUUUGGUGCCAACAUUCACGCCUCCUGGACAUUCCCCCCCGUGGCAAGGCAGUCUUUAGCCAGCAGGGGGCGCACUUGUCUCACAAACCAUCGGGAGCACGAAGGGGGAGGAGUCGUGGGCGGAGUCGGGCAGGUUGCAAUGUGAUUGACUGUAUUGCGUAUCGGUGUGUGUUUCAUGUGUUUAACCUCUUCUUGUUUUUCUCCUACGACGGCGUGUUAGGGCUACACUGGGAAAAAAUCGGGAAAAAGUCAUUCAUUUUACCACUUUAGUCUCGUAAAUUUGGGACUUUAUUUUCAUAACAUUAUGAUUUUUUUCUCAUAAAUUUUCAAUGUUAUUCUCAUAAAUUUACGACUUUAUUUGUCACGUUACGGCUUUUUUCUCGUAAAAGUAUAACUUUAUUCUCUUAAAUUUAGGACAUUAUUUUCUCAACAUUACAGACUUUUUUCUCUUGUGAAUUUACAACUUUAUUCUCCUUAAUUUAGGGUUUUUUUCUCAUAAGUUUCAGACUUUAUUAUUGUAAUAUUAUCACUUUUUUUCAUACAUUUUUUUAACACCUUUGUUGUAAAUUUGCGAGUUUUUUCGCUUACCACUUUUGAUCUCAUUAAUUCACAACUUUAUUCUGGAAACCGCAGCUUUUUUUUCAGUGUGGCCCUAAAACUCCUUCAUAUUCUCCUAAGUCCGCGCCAGGUCUAGGGCGUGCGACGUCAAAGCACAAGUCAAUGUCGUAAAUAAAGUGUAAACAAUUAGCAUUAGCAUUAGCAUUGUACAGCCAUGACCACGAGCAAACCGGGCUAAGUGUUGUGAUGUGGAAUUAUAACAAUAAUAUCAUGUAUGAUGAUGACCCGACAAGGAAUGACACUGCAAACAUGGAUUGUUGUUUUCAAAAUAAAUAUCAACAACCGAA